AUGUCCACAACAAGGGACAGGGAGGAGGACUCGGAGGACUCCUCCUUCUUCAACAACGACAGCAGCAGCAGCAGCAACGAUGCCGACGACGACGAUGAAGACUACGACCUCCUCACCGCUGGGGACGACAACGCUCAAGAACCCGAUUACUACACCCUCCUCAACCUGCGCCGGCACCCGCCGCCGACGGACGCCCAGAUCCGCUCCGCCUACCGCGCGCUCACCCUCUCGUUCCACCCGGACAAGCAGCCGGAGCACCUGGCCGAGGCGGCCAAGCGGCACUUCGAGCGGAUCCGCGAGGCCUACGAGACGUUGAUAGACGGGCGGAAGCGCGUGGUCUAUGAUCUGCUGGGGGCGGAGGGGGUGCGGGAGGAGUUUGGCGAGGCGGAGAGGGUUGGUAGCCAUGGGGCGGCGGCGGGGGCGGCGGCGGAGUGGAGGGUAGGGUUGAAGGCGAAGAGUCCGCAGGAGUUUCGGCGGUGGUUCUUGGAGAGGAUGAAGGCUAGGGAGCGGAAGGCGGUGAAUUCUUUGGUGGAGGGCAAGGGUUCGUUUACACUCGGCGUUGAUGCUUCGAAUACGAUCACUAUCGAUGAGGAUGCCGGCGAGGUCUAUCUGAAUGUCCCGGAUCCGAAAUUGUCGAAGUUUGGCGUGGCGUUUGCGUUCAAGGCGCCGUUGCCGACGUGGAGGAAUAUUGCGGGGGAGGACGAGAUGGAAGACGAUGAUGACAACGAGAACGAAAAUGGGGCGGACGAGGACGGUGCGGUACCUGACCUCAGUUCGCUGGGGGAUGGACCGGAGAUGGUCAUCAAUGCUGGGAUCUCGGGCAAGAUUCGCCAUUUGACGCAGAAACUGCAGGUUCAGAUCGAAGAUCAGGAGCCGGAGGUUGUCGAGGUUCCUGUCCCCUUGGUCAUCUCGACUAAAGAAUUGCAACUGGGUGUGGGCGUGCACCACGCCUUCGGAGAUCUGGCCGGCUCCAAGGGCAUCCUGGGCAAGCCUGCCUUGUCGUUCCUUCAGUACUCGGGCCUGGCGGUGAAUGCUUCGGUGCUGCCAUUUCCACAGCUCGAUGUCAACUGGGCCAAGCCUUUCACCCUCGUCCGCGGGACGAGGCCUUUCCGGCUAGAACUGAACACGGUGUUCCAGCGGCCGGUUUGGGCUGCUCCGCCGAUGCUGGGCGCUCGGCUGUCGAAGCAGAUUGGCGACGAGAAACAUGUGUUUGCCAAUCUGGACAGUGGGACGCUUGUCUGGCCGGUUUGGUUCCGCCAGCUCCUCAGCCCCAGUUACGAGAUUCAAGAUGACUUCAAGUAUCUGCUCUCUAUUCCUGGACAACUGAGCCAAUUCCAAUUCGGUCUCUUGUCCCAGCCGACGACCAGGUAUAUGGCUAGUAUUGACGAUGAUGAGGAUGACGGCGAGUUGGACGAGGACGUCGAUUUUGAGGACGUCCGCUCCAAACACCGCAAGAACAACCGUGCUGCGGAAGCGUGGCAGGUAGGAGUCGCAGUCAGCCCGGCGAUGGGUGGCCUGUCCUUCAACUACUCUCGAAAUAUCUUCUCUGGCAAGCCGUCCACUGAUGCAUCACUUUCCCAAUGGAGCUCGGAGGGGCAUUAUCGCCUUCCUCAAGAGAAUGAACCCCGGUCCGUGAGGAUUGGCGUCCAGAGCACGGUCGGGUUCGACCUGUCGCUUGGCUGGCACAUCGAGGGAACCCGUCGGGUUGGUGACCUGGCCCGCAUGGGGCUGGGUGUAGGUGUCCAAUCGGCGAAUGGCUUGGUUAUGACCCUUUCCUGGAGCAGGCUGGGCCAGAACAUCCGAUUGCCUAUCACGGUGUGUUCCUUCGAAGCGGCUAACGCUGAUGCCGCUGCGGUGGCGGUCCUGCUGCCCUGGGUCGCGUACUGUGCGCUGGAAUUCGGGUUUAUCCGUCCGAGGGAGCGGAGGAAGCACCGUCGGGUGAUCGCCCGACGACAGAAGCAGCUCAAGAAGCUGGUACCCAAGAAGAGGGAAGAAAGUCAGCAGGCGAUCCAGCUGAUGAUGGAUCAGGUGCAACGGCGCCGUGACCGGGAGGCCGCGCACGAUGGCUUGGUGAUCACCCGGGCCGAAUACGGCCACUACCCCAAGAAGAAGCGAAGCGAUGGCAGCGAGAGGGACCCUGACGUGGCCGAUGUCACUGUUCCGGUCAUGGCGUUGGUCGACAACGGUCAGUUGGUGAUAUCUAAGAACUCGGCCAAGUUUCACAUCCUCGGGUUCUAUGACCCUGCGCCUCUGCUGCCCAAGACCCUGAAGAUCUGGUACACGUACCACGGGAAGGAACAUUACGUGGAAGCGGGUGACAAGGAAGGCGUUACCUGCCCUAUGCGCUCGCAUAUGGUGUGA